CGGUUUAAGAAUUGACACCCCUACCUUCACCCAACGAACAACGACUUUUAUCCUCUUACUCAUCAUUCGUUACCGAUCCGGUGCAAUACGACCUAUUAUAAUACGAAGUCUGUCAGAUUGUCCGAUUUAUCUUGGACCCACAACCUUCUAAGUAAAUCAAUUUCCAACCAAUUGAUCAACUUUGUUUCAAGUGGAGUGGAGCACCACAGUAUUUCCCUACUAUGGUAUGAGAAAAAGGGUGAUUUUGUCAAAAGACGAAAACGCCAAAGCCUUACUCAGAUCGAACCAUAAAAUAAAACGAAAACAUAGAUAUCAGAAUUCAGAAGUGGAGAUUGGAACUUGGGGGAUUGAUCCAUCUACAGAGAAGACGGAAGGGGAAGAGUUAACGGAGAGAUCGAAAGAGCGAAAAGAAGAACUGAAGAAUCAAAACGAUCGAGCAUCAUUUUUCAAUUGAUUUGCAGGAGAGUAGAAUCAAGGGAGGAUUCUCUCUCAUUUGAGUUGAAUUUGGAAGGAACAGAGGGAUUUAGAGAUCAGUAUAGGGAAAUGGGGAGCUAUAAGACGUUAUUCGGCUUUACGAGAAAGUUCAAAGCCGGCGAGACUGAGCCUCCGGCGGAUGUGAGAGCUGCCUUCAACAACUACUCCGAAAAGGGGAAUUACAUGACAGCCGAGCUGCUCCGUCGUUUCUUGGUUGAGGUUCAGGGUGAGGUCGAUGUGACAAUCGCCGAUGCGGAGCGUAUCAUUCAGCAGGUUAUUCAACGAAGACACAGCAUUACUAAAUUCGCUAGGCAUACGCUCACUCUAGAUGAUUUCUUCCAUUUCAUCUUCUCUGAUGAUCUCAAUGCCCCCAUUAAAAAUGAGGUUCAUCAAGAUAUGAGUGCUCCAUUAUCCCAUUAUUUCAUAUAUACAGGCCACAAUUCUUAUCUGACUGGAAACCAACUUAGUAGUGAUUGCAGCGACGUCCCAAUUAUUAAGGCACUGAAGAGAGGUGUAAGAGUGAUUGAGCUGGAUAUAUGGCCAAAUUCUUCAAAAGAUGAUGUGAAUGUUCUUCAUGGAAGGACCCUGACUACUCCUGUGUCACUGAUCCAAUGCUUGAGGUCCAUUAAAGAGCAUGCCUUUUCUGCAUCACCAUACCCUGUCAUUAUUACACUUGAAGACCACCUUACUCCAGAUCUUCAGGCUAAAGUAGCUGAGAUGGUCAUCCAAACAUUUGGAGAAAUGCUGUUCUACCCUGAGUCAGAGUCUGUGGUGGGAUUCCCCUCACCAGAAGCAUUAAAACAUCGGAUUAUUCUUUCCACCAAGCGACCAGAGUCUAAGAGUUUCCAGGAAAGAGGAAGUAACUCACAAAUAAAAGAUUUGCCAGAUGAAAAUUUAGUGGGGAAGAAGGGCUCAGACCCAAUGGCUGAACCCGAAUCUGCUGAUGAUAAGAGUGACUCUGAUCCUCAAGAUGAUGAAGAUAUGGAUGACAGUUAUUCACGCCAGUUUGGAGCGCCUCAAUACAAGCAUCUAAUUACCAUUCCUGCUGGGAAACCUAAGGGAGGUUUGAAAUUGGCACUAAAAGUGGAGCUCGAUAAAGUUAGACGUCUUAGUUUGAGUGAACAAGCACUUGAAAAGGCUGCAGAAUCUCUUGGGACUGAGGUUGUAAGGUUCACCCAAGCAAAUAUUCUGAGGGUAUACCCGAAGGGUACACGUGUUACCUCCUCAAAUUACAAGCCACUAAUAGGAUGGAUGCAUGGAGCUCAAAUGGUUGCAUUUAAUAUGCAGGGAUAUGGAAAAUCACUCUGGUUGAUGCAUGGUAUGUUCAGAUCCAAUGGAGGGUGUGGUUAUGUUAAAAAACCUGAUUUUCUGAUGAGAGUUGGCCCUCAUAUCGACAUUUUUAAUCCUAAAGCAACAUUGCCAGUUAAGAAAACUUUGAAGGUUAGAGUCUACCUGGGUGAUGGAUGGCGUUUGGAUUUCAGUCAAACACAUUUUGAUGCAUACUCCCCUCCGGACUUCUAUACAAGGGUAGGCAUAGCUGGAGUUCCAGCAGAUUCCAAGAUGGAGAAAACCAAGAAAAUAGAGGAUAACUGGAAUCCUACUUGGGAAGAAGAAUUUACUUUCCCACUAACAGCUCCAGAACUGGCUUUGCUUCGAAUUGAAGUAUAUGACAAUGAUGUGCAUGAGAAGGAUGAUUUUGGUGGACAGACAUGUUUACCCAUUUCAGAGUUGAAGCCAGGGAUCCGUUCAGUCCCACUAUUUGACCGCAAGGGUGAGAAGUUCAAGUCUGUAAAGCUUCUUAUGAGGUUUGAAUGGGUGUGAGACUGGGUUUUUCUUUCCUUAUUUUCUGUUGUGUAUAGUUGGUUGUACUUCCCACGUAUUGUGCUUUUCUUCAAUUAUAGGUUUGUGUUGUCCUCAUGGUACUGUAAAUCUUUUUCUUGUAAUUUAAGCUCUGAGUGUCUUAAAAUAAGAUGAUAUUGGAGUGUUACUGUUUA